AUGCUUAUCAUACUUGUGCUUGAGAUUGUUUCUAAUGCAUCUCAUGCAUUGAGUGACUUCUCAACAACACUCAAUCCUAACAACAACAUACAAAAAGAUACCGGGGUCAUAUCAUUUGAUUUUUCAUAUCCACCCGCGUAUCCUACAGGUGGAGACUUCGGAAAAGGAGUCAUUGAUCUUGGAGAAUUAGAAGUACACGAAGCAUUAUAUUUCAAGAAAAUCUGGACAAUAAAGAGUGGUGGACCCGAUGAUUUCGGUGUAUCAUUUUUCGAACCUGCUUCCAUUCCAUUAGGGUUCAGUUUGCUUGGCCAUUAUUGCAAUCCCAACUCAAAGUCCAUCUUUUCCUCAGUUCUUACUGCUAAAGACACCACAGGUAACCUAUAUUGGGGUUCCCUAAGGCGUCCCAUAGACUACACUCUUAUAUGGACAAGCAAAGGUGUAGAUAUCGACAAAGAUGUCGAUGGCUACAUUUGGAUGCCUAUUCCACCUUUUGAUUACAAAGCCAUUGGCCACAUCGUCACCACUUCACCCGAAAAACCCUCACUUGAUUUGGUCAGAUGUGUUAGAAAGGACUUCACCGAUGCGAUCACAGUUGACGAAUUGUUAUGGCGACUAAAGAUGGUUGACAUUAACAUAUAUACCACAAAGCCAAAUGGUGGAGCGCUAAGUGUUCCUACAGGGACGUUUUUGGCACGUGUUAAUGGAUCCGACAUGCAAGAGUUAACGUUAGCAUGUUUGAAGAUGGUUAGGAAUGAUACUUAUUCAGCUAUGCCGAAUUCUUUACAAAUUAAGCGAAUGAUCGAAGCUUAUGCUCCUAUGGUGUAUUUACAUCCGGAUGAAGAAUACCUCCCGUCUUCGGUUUUAUGGUUCUUUCAAAAUGGAGCUGAGCUACAUCGAACUGGCAUGAUCACAUGGCCAGUGAUCGACGAUGGUGUAAAUCUUCCAAGCAAUAGUUCAGUGGAUGGUUUGUAUCUCGACCUCCCAUCUGAUGAAGCUGAGAAAGAAAGGGUGAAGAAAGGGUUUUUGCCAGAUGCGACUGCUUAUGUGCAUGUAAAAUCAGCGUUAGGAGCAACGUUUACUGAUCUUGCCAUAUGGUUGUAUUACCCUUUUAAUGGUGGAGGGAGGUUUCAGCUAGGACCUUUCACGAUUAGCUUGGGGAUGAUUGGAGAACAUGUUAGUGAUUGGGAGCAUAUAACGUUAAGGAUUGAUAACUUCAAUGGGAUUCUAAAAUCAAUCUAUCUCUCUCGCCAUGCUGCUGGAGUAUGGGUGACACCUCAUGAAUUUGAGUUCAUGAAUGGAACUCGGCCAAUUGUGUAUGCAUCCUUGCAUGGGCAUUCACACUACAAUACUCCAAGUUAUCAUCUACAUUCGAAUGUUGAGAUUGAUGCUGAUGACAUGAAAUUGUUAGAGGAGGUGCUUAAGAUGGAUUCAAGCAAGUUGCCUGUCGUGAGGGCGGAAAAGAUUUUAGGGUUUGGUGUUAGAGAUGAUACUGGGAAAAGCAACAACUUGAUAGAUAUUGCAUCCAGCUAUCAAGUUGUUUGUGUUGAUUAUAAUGUUUCGUAUAUGGAACCAUGGUUGAAUUAUACCGGUAGAUGGGGUCCUAAGUUUAGUUAUACAUUUACAAAAGAGGUGAUAAAGAUAGCAAAUCACUUUCCGGGAAAGUUCAAGCGACUUAUCUUAAGGAUUUUGCAUAAGCUCCCUGCUGAGUUACUCGGAGAAGAAGGGCCUGAAGGCCCUAAGAUGAAAGAAAGUUGGACGGGGGAUGAGAGGACUUGA